AUGGUCCCAUCCCCUGCAGCGACUAGCCUGCUAGAGCUCCUUCAGAGAGCAGCAGCGACCCAAGCAGGGAUCACAUUCUACAAAGCACAUGGUCCUUCGGAGAGCUCCCCAGAGCAAAUCUCUUACCGGCAGCUACUCGAUCAAGCUUGCCGAGACGCAGCAUGGCUACAGACCUCCGUGUCGGGUCUGCAGCGUGAUACCGUGUUCUUGUUACAUUUUGACUCACACGAGGAGAAUAUCCGCUGGUUCUGGGCUACUACAGUCGCAGGUUAUGUACCUUGUAUUGUACCUAAGUUGGCAGUGUCGAACGAAAGACGCAUUGCUCAAGCAGAGCAUAUCCUCCGCUUGCUGGAUGGUCCGGUCAUCCUUACCAAUGACCGCAUGGCGUGUGCCUUCAAAGGUGUCGAGGCUCAUCGCCUGUAUCGUGUGGAUGAUCUUGUGCAGAAACCUACAUUCCAUGCUGAGACUGCCACCACCCUUCCGUCUGUGAUACAUAACCAACGCGAUGAUGACCUCGGGGCGCUGAUGCUCACUUCUGGUAGCACCGGUUUCUCCAAGGCCGUGUGCCUGCGACAACCCCAGAUGCUGGCCGCGGCAGCCGGUAAGGCUGCACACUGUCGAGCCACCUCUGAGGAUGUGUUCCUAAGCUGGAUUGCACUUGACCAUGUGGUUAACCUGGUUGAGAUGCAUCUGCAUGCCAUGCUCCUAGGCGCAGACCAAAUUCAGGUGGCCACCGAGGAGGUAUUGAAGGAGCCGCGCCAAUUCCUCGACUUGGUUGACCGGCACCGCGUCUCUCUGAGCUUUGCUCCUAACUUCUUCCUCGCCCUCCUAUGCGAGCGGGUGUCCCAACCAGACUUUGUCAAGGAAGGUUCAAACUGGGACCUUUCGUGCCUGCGCUGUGUCUUCUCCGGCGGAGAGGCCACUGUCCGGCAGAUGGCGGUGCAACUUACACGCGCACUGCAACCGUACGGGGCCCAACCCUUCAUCCGCGCCGGGUAUGGACUGACAGAGUCGUGCGCCGGUAUGGUCUGGGACCUGGUUGACCACACUUUGGACGGCCUGUAUGAUGCUUCUGGGGAGUUCCUCUCCUGUGGCUUACCCAUUCCUGGAGUGCAGAUGCGUGUGGUGCGUGAGAUGGAUGGCAUGGAGGCUGUUGCGGAUGAAGAGGGCAUGCUGCAGUUACGUGGUCCUGUCAUGUUCAAUCGGUAUUAUCGUGAUCCGGCAGCCACAAGUGCAGCUUUCACGGCGGAUGGGUGGUUCAUCACCGGAGAUAACGCCAUUCUUGACAAGCACGGUCAGCUCUACAUCACCGGACGGACCAAGGAUACCCUCCUCAUCAACGGGCUGACCAUUUUCGCCGUGGAGGUGGAGUACGGCAUUGAGCAGGCCCGAAUUACAGGCCUCACGCCGAGUUACACGUUGGUCUUUGCUCACCGACCUGCCGGCGCUGUCACCGAGUCGUACUGUGUGGUGUACUCUCCCAGCUAUAGCUCGGAUGACGACGAAGCUCGGGCUCAGACCACCGACGCCAUUGAGCGUAUCGCUAGUCUCGUGGUAAACGUCAAGCCUGCCGCGAUCCUCCCCCUUCCACGACAAUACUUUGAAAAGACCUCCCUUGGCAAGCUCUCCCGCGCCCAUUUUAGACGCCUCUUCGAGAACGGCACCUUCGACAGUGAACGAGCCUUUCAUACAGCUCGCCUGCAAGCCUACCGCCAGGCCCACCGACAACCACCCUCCUCCCCAACUGAGCAAACCAUCCUUGAUCUGGUGUGCACGCGCCUGGCUGUCGAUCCACACGAUGUCAGCGUUACCACCAAUUUAUUCCAGCUUGGCCUCUCCUCCCUCGACUUCUAUACCAUCACUCAAGAUCUGCAUCGGAACUUUGAUACCCACCUCACUCUCCCAGAUCUCCUUGCCGACCCUACCAUCUCCGGCCUUGCCCGCCACGUCUCGACCUCCACCAAGACCAUGAAUGCAGAAUACGACCCGGUGGUUACCCUUCAGCCACACGGCUCCAAGACUCCGCUCUGGCUCGUUCACCCAGCCUCAGGUAACGUCCUCAUCUUUACGGCCCUGGCUCGCGCCUUCCAUGACCGGCCAAUCUACGGCUUCCGGGCCCGCGGCACCAAACCUGGCGAAAAUCUCUUCACAAGCAUCACCGAGAUGGCCGACACUUACGUCACUGCCCUAGUACGCACGCAGCCCCAUGGCCCAUAUGCUCUAGCAGGAUACUCGCUCGGCAGCAGCGUCACCUUUGAGAUUGCCAAACGGCUAGAAGCAUCUGGCGCAGAAGUCCAGUUUCUGGGAGCGUUGGAUGGGCCGCCGGACAUCGCCCCGCUGGUGGGACAUCUAACGUGGUCGGAAGCACUGGUGAUGAUUGGGUACUUCUAUGAGUUGAUUGAGGAGAGAAGAUCUAUCCAACUCAUGUCGGAGCUGAGGGAUCAAGACCCUGAGGUAGCACUAGAUGUUGUUCUUGGUGAGGCAGACCAAGAGAGAGUCAAAGUAUUGGGACUGGAAAAGGAGGAGUUGACGCAUGUGACCGACGUGACGGCGGGCUUUUGCCGGGCCGCAGGCGAGUAUGUGCCGAGCGAAGAGAUCGGAUGUGUGGUAGAUGUCUUCGCAGUGGAACCAUUAUUGACCGUAACAGAUCAGAGAGAGGUUUGGGUGCGAGAUUAUUUGGGGAAAUGGGCGAGUCUAAGCAAGUCGGGGAUGGCCGUGCAUCAGUGUGAGGGACGGCAUGCGGAUAUGUUGGGACGGGAAUUUGUCAAUUCUCUGGCGUUGAUUUUGAGGCGUGUCAUGUCCGCGAGGGGAGUAUAG